CCUUCAAAUAUAUAUAUAUAUAUUUUUAUACCAGCGUAUUCUUCUUUACUGUUUAUAGUAAUACUUCUAUAUAUAUAUAUAUAUAUUUGUCACUUUCCCUUUCCUUUUGGUUGUAUGUGUAUUUUAAAACUUUUAUUUAUUACACAUUAAGAAAACGUAUGGAUGGUUAUUUACAAACGGCGCUAGUGGCCAAUCCAGUGUCUCCACAACCAAAUCGAACGUCUCAUCUUACCAAACUCCUGAAACCUUGUCCACCAAGUAAUAAAGAAUUCACUUGUGACAACUUCCAUGCUGUUGAAGGAACAUACCAACUAGUACAUGAUAUUCAUUUUGAUACCAUUGCUCCUCAGUUUUCAGUUGGUACUCGGGCCACUAUUUUGGAUGUACGACCUAAGCAAGCACCCAAGUCUUCUUCAGCAACUUCUUCCAUUACUGACUCAGCAACUUUAUCUACCCCUACACCUGCUUCUUCUGGUGAACGUAUGUAUAACCAAGAAGACGAUACAAAUUCAUCAAAUACUACAUUACCACCAGUAACAACAACAACAACAACAACAACUCAUACACCAUCAACUCCUUUGAUAUUUCAACAAUCUACGGUAAAUUCUACAUCACUCACUUAUUCUGUAGCACCAUUAGACAAUAUAGGUAUUACCAGGUCAACAGCUUUACCUAUUCCCAAUGUUACUUCUCGAUCCUAUGACUCGUCUUCCUCUACUUUUCAGCCAGAUGAUAAGUUGACACCGCCGCAUUCUCGUACUACACCAAUCUCUAGCAUUCCCACCAUCACUACCAAUCCCAGUCCCGCCAACAAUGCUAUUUCUACUUUUCCCAUUACUGGUAUUCAGCCUUCAUCAAGCGCUACUCCGAUUCCGACAUCUUCCACAUCAUUCCAUCAUCAUCAUCAUCUUCACCAUCAUCAUCAUCAUCAUCAAUCAAAUACCGAUCCUACUUCCUUGUCUUCUCCUCUUUUUGCUCUGGAUACCAAUGCUUCUCCCACAGCAUCAUCCACUUCUUCUCAAGGUGAAAAUGGAUCCGUUAUCAACAAUACAAAUGGGAAUGGCAUAUCUGAUUUAUCAUCAAGUGUCAGCUCAUUAUCAGCUUUAUUUUCUCGACGGAAUAGUGUACGUUAUUUACAUUCACCCCAACGAAAACCAAAAAACAAUUUAACAAAGACAAAAUCAAGUUUUGUAUUACGGAUGAUUAUACAUGAUAGACUGGCUCAAGUCUUGGCAAAUCGAACAAUGGAUGAUAGUUUUUUAUUCUUCAAUAUUGGUACAAGUUUCUUAUGGAUGGAUGCAAAAGGAAAACCAAAGGAUCCUUUGUCUCGAAUUGUAUUUACCAAAGCUUAUCCUACUUGUCAUGAUGUUAACUUGAUGACAAAAUGCAGUGAACAUAUAGAUGUCAUCAUUGGUUUUUCUUCUGGUGAUUGUGUUUGGUAUGAUCCUCUGACAAGCAAGUAUUUUCGUUUGAACAAAGAUGGAAAUAUGAAACGUGGUUCUGUGACAAAUGUGAAAUGGAUCCCGGGUUCUGAAGAUUUGUUUAUGGCUUCUUUUUCUGAUGGUAGUAUCUUGAUAUUGGACAAGGAUCGUGAGGAUCAAGCAUUCACUCCAAUGGCUCCCAGUACUUGGGCAGAACAACAAUUCCAUGCUACUCGUCCUCACAAAAGUGCAAAGUACAAUCCAGUUUCUCAUUGGUCAGUCGUUGAAAAGGGAGUAGGGACUUUUGAAUUUUCUCCUGAUGGUAUUCAUCUUGCUAUUGUUGGAUUAGAUGGAACUUUACGUAUUAUGGAUUAUCAUCAAGAAAGGUUAUUGGACAUAUUCACUAGUUACUAUGGGAAUUUCCUUUGUGUGGCAUGGAGUCCUGAUGGAAGGUAUUUAUUGACUGGUGGACAAGAUGAUCUAGUAACAAUAUGGGGAUUUACGGAAAAAAGAAUUGUCGCACGAUGCCAAGGCCAUAAAUCAUGGGUGACAAAUGUAGCAUUUGAUGCCUAUCGUUGUGAUGAUAAAGUUUAUAGAUUUGGUAGUGUUGGCGAAGACUGUAAAUUGAUACUAUGGGACUUUUCUUUUAGCGCUCUUCAUCGACCAAAAAACAAACAUCGUAACACUUCAAGUAGUCCACGAAGUCCCAAGGAUACCCAUCGAUUCUCAUUCAUAGCAGCAGAUAAUAUGAAAACGCGAACACCCAUGUUAUCACAAAUGUUUGAUAGACUUGGUACGUUAGAACCCACGGUGACAAAUGAUAUUAUGACCAAUCAUUCUGCAAGUCAUCCAUUAUCAACAAUACCUCAUAGUCCUACUGCUUCUCCAACUAGUCCUAUUCGGCCAUAUCUUCCACAGCCAGUCACUCUACAAAAACAUUUUCAACAGCAGUCAUCACAACGGAAAUCUCAACAAAGACAUCAUCAUCAUAGUUUUGGAUUUAAGAAAAGAUCAUCAUCAUCUAGUGUAUCUGGAGGUAAUCAACUUCAUCGACCUCAUCUCUCACCAUCAUCAUCUCCACCACCACCGAGCAAAGCAGAAUAUCUUGGGACAGCAUUUGAAGCAUAUCAUUCAAUGAUGCCAACAUUACAUCCAGCAGCCAACAAGACACAAGUACCAUUAUUACAACCAAGUACUGUUAGAACAAUUCAUGGUGAUCCUUGUGUGAAUUUGAUAUUUCGACAUGAUAGUAUAGUAACAACAGAUCGUAGAGGUAGGAUAAGAACAUGGGGCAGGCCCUGAUGUGGAACCUUAAAACAACAAAUUAUCAUUCAUUCAUUAGUUAGUUAUAUUAUUAUUAUUAUUAUUUGUGUUUAUACUUAUCUUUUUUGUCUUCUCUUACCAUUUGUAUAUGAAA